GGUGUUAGCCUUUGUUAUCUCCUUAUGUCAUAAGCAUAAAAACCUUAAAGGCUAAUUUUUUUCGUCUACUAAAUCUCAAUGCAGUUCUACACAUUUCUUGAUACAAGUCUAGUGGCUUUGUCAUUACUUCCACAUUUUAUAGCAUUUUUUAGUGAUGGAGAAAUAUCUGGAACUCCUGGGACCCUUGCCACUAGAUUUCUUGCCCUUGGUAAUAUCCGAUUUAGCUAUUUUUCCAACUUAACUGGUUGCAUCAUUGGUAGUGCAAAUACCACAACUAUCUAUUUAAUAUUUCUUGCUUACCUUAAUGUGUGUAUUUUUUGAACUAAGAGUUUUUCUCAUGCUUGCUUAAGUCACCUCAAAGCCAGUUCCACCAUGUAGCUAAAUCGUAAUACUAAACUUACAGUACUAAGAGAAAUAACCUAAAUCUCUCCCCAAGUCACCAAUACAAGUGGGCCUGCAUUACCUAAUAAAAAGUUAACCAAUAUUCAUAUAUUUUGACGUAUGUCAUACCUCUUGGUUUAUGAACAUGGACAACGGUUUCAAGACUGAAGGGGCUUUCACAUUUUCUCUCUCCCUCCCUCUCUCUCUCACAUUCCGAAAAAAUAAAAUGGCAAGUUUGAGAAGGACGUUGAUGAUUGUCGAUUGACUUCUAAAAUUGAUGGCCGCGAUCCACCGUAGCUCCAUUGCAGCAACAACAGUUGAGCUUCCUCUUUUGUUCCCAUGGAGACUCUGCUUUGGCCAUUAUUGGGUUGUGUAAAUGCUGGGUUUUAUCGUUUCUAUUCAAACAAUUUCAACUCGCUUGCUAUCGAUCUCUCAGACGAAGAGAGCAAGAGGUGCCUAUUCAUCAAACUACUAUACAGGAGCAGACAACGUGGGUUUCUGGAAUUGGAUUUGGUUCUAAGAAAAUGGGUGGAGGAGCAUAUCCAUUCUAUGGAUGAAAAUGGAAUCAAAGCUCUUUGCCAUGUCCUUGACCUGCAAAAACUAGUCGAGCUCCUUUUGAUCUCCCAAAAGCGGAAGCUGAAUCACCUGCAGGCUAUAGUGUGAAUGCAAUUUUUCCUAUGUCUUUCAUAUGCUUACAAGAGGAGAGGUGAGAGAUGCGUUUUCAUAGAGGAAAGGACAGCAGAGGUGGAGCAGGGAUUUUUUUUUUUUUCAAUGGAAUGGUAGGAAUGUAAUUAGUAGCCCAAUUGUUGGAUGUGUGAUUUGGUAAAAAAGUCAAUAGUAUUGUGGUAUUG